AUGACCUUCAAACCCCUCUCACUGGCCUUCAAGCUUAUCUCAAUUCUUUCUAUGGUUCAAAUCUCACAAUCUGGUUCACCUUUCACUAGGCAAAGUCCACUCGAGUGGAGCGAUUGUAAGUUCACCAGCGAAGAUGGUGCUCGUUAUGAUUUCACAUCUUUGAUCCCACAAUCAUCAUGGCCACUCAACAUCACCACUGACCGUUCAACCCCGCCAACACUUACGAUCGAAACCCUGUUGAUCUCACUUUGUACAGAGCUUAAGCCUGUUGAGGAGGGCUGUCCAGCCGGCACAACAGUCUGUUUAUCGAUAUUCAACGAAUCUGGAGAGAAAGGCGGGACGGAUAGACGUUUGAUCAGUCGAAUUCCAAUCGCAGGACCAUCUCGACCAGUAGUCCAAGGAGGAGGACUUAGUAACAGAGACCCGAUCCGACUCACAAUUGCUGGUGGAACUUAUAAUGGAGUUCAACAAUCUACAGUCUUCAACUUUGCUUGUGCUACUUCGGCUGCAGCACCUCGUCAGCCCAAGACGCAGUAUGACACCUCGAAGGGGUUUUUGACCAUUGAUUGGCCGACACCUCUGGCUUGCGCAUCCGCAUCAGGAAGCCCAGUAGGGACACCUACAGGUAGCUCAGGAUGGUUCGGAAGUUUUGUAACCUUUAUCAUCUUCAUCUUCAUUGCUUACUUCCUCAUCGGAAUAUGGUUGAAUUAUAACAAGUAUGGAGGAAACGGAUGGGACCUUAUCCCACACCAAGACUUCUGGCGAGAAUUACCUAGGAUGAUUUCUGAGUUGUUUCGUUCAAGAAGAGGAAAUGGAUCAGCUAGUCGAGCUGGUUAUUCUGCUAUUUGA